GCGAGAUUAAGAGGGGAAUUUUCUCUGUAGAAAUGGUUCUCGUUACCUGAAUUUUCCUUCAUUUUCCUUCAUUUUCCUUCCUUUUUCUUGUUCGGUAUAUUGGCGGCUUCUUUCCUUUUCCCACCUUUCCACUCUCCCUCGAUCCAAUGCUUCAGACCACAGCUCAUCUGUGCGCUCAUCUCUCCACUAACACUACAAUUUCUGCAUAGACCUAGCAUCUCCUUACUUGCCUGCGUUUGUUCUCAACUGUUGUGAUUGGAUUGUCUAUGCUCGAGUGGGAUCAUAGUUUCGUUUCUGCCUACGAGAAUUGUCGGAAGGAAGUUUGAUCUUCUGUGUUUUUGUGUGUGCUACCGGCGGGAUCCAAUCCAGGGUGGACUGAUAUGGAUCAGUUCGACGCUUUCUUUCGGAGAGCCGAUUUGGAUGGUGAUGGAAGGAUUAGUGGAGCUGAAGCUGUCGCUUUCUUUCAGGGCUCCAAUUUGCCUAAAAAUGUUCUGGCGCAGAUAUGGAUGCAUGCUGAUCAGAGAAAAACAGGUUUCCUUGGUCGACUGGAAUUUUAUAAUGCUCUCAGACUCGUAACUGUUGCUCAAAGUAAGCGAGAGCUAACACCUGAAAUUGUCAAGGCAGCACUAUAUGGUCCUGCUGCAGCGAAAAUCCCCCCACCAAAGAUUGAUCUUUCGGCUGUAUCUGCCACUCAAUCAAUUUCAGUGACUGCUGCAUCUCCUCCACAGAUGAGUAUGCCUGCGCCAACGGCACCUCAAAAUUUUGGCUUUAGAGGACAAGGGGUUCCAAACGUGGGUGUGAAUCCGCAGUAUGUUUCAGCCCAGCCAAAUCCUUCCAUGAGGUUACCCCAAGGCACACCUGGUGGUGUUGCUUCCAACACGCAACUGGUUAUUGCUGCUUCUGAAUCCUCAGGAGGAGGAAAUGUACUGGGUUCAAAUCUUUCAAACCCAAAUGGUUGGCUCACGCCAGGUGGUGGCCCUGCUGCUGGGCCUAGGGGAGUUAGCCCUUCUGUGCCUUCCCCAGCUACAUCGUUAUCACCAGCUUUAAUGACUUCACAGCCUAUGCCUAAUAAUACAGCACCAGCUGCUACUGGUAACGGAUUUGCUUCUAAGUCGGCAUUUGGUGCUGACAUGUUUUCUGUUACUCCAUCUCCACCUAGACCAGAAUCUUCUGGACUCAACAAUGCAGCCAAUAAUGGUACUGGUCCACCAGCGAUUGUUGCAGGUUCCAGUGUAUCCCAGCCUUUAAGUAAGCACAACUCCAUGGAGUCAUUGCAGAGUGCAUUUGUUUCAAGACCAAUAUCUGAUUCACAGUUGCAGCUCUCUCAGACAUCAUUGGAACCUAGCAAGGAGGUUCGAGCAACCAGUCCAUCACCACUUAUAUCUUCUGGGAUCACAACUGGAGCCAGGAACUCUACUUCUGAAAACACACAGCUUACUUGGCCAAAAAUGAAACCAACUGAUGUUCAGAAGUACACAAAAGUUUUUAUGGAAGUAGACACUGACAGAGAUGGUAGAAUUACCGGUGAGCAGGCACGGAAUCUAUUUUUAAGUUGGAGAUUACCUAGAGAGGUCUUGAAGCAGGUGUGGGACUUAUCUGAUCAAGACAAUGACAGCAUGCUUUCUCUUAGAGAGUUUUGUUUUGCUUUAUAUCUCAUGGAACGUUACAGGGAAGGUCGACCUCUUCCAGCUGUGCUUCCAAAUAAUCUUAUGUUUGAUGAGACUCUGUUGUCCAUGACAGGACAAUCUAACAUUGUCCAUCCGAAUGCAGCUUGGGGUCCUCGUCCUGGAUUUGGACAGCAGCAACCUCAGGUCACUGCUCGGUCAAUGGCACCAACUGUAGGAUUGAGGCCCCCAACAAAUGUACUUGCUUCGAAGGUUGAUGGUGCUAAACUAUCCAAUGAGCAGAAAUCAAGGGCUUCAGUGUUGCAGGAUUCAUUUCUGGUCGAUUCUGAGAAGGGCCAACAAAAUUCGGCUAGUUUAAAUGCUCAAGAUGCUACAGCAGCAUCUGGGAAAAUGGUUGGAGAGACAGCGAAUGUUAUUUUGGACUCAAAAGAAAAGAUUAAAUUCUAUCGCACGAUGAUGCAGGAAAUUGAUAAAUUGCAGGCAGAAUCCUUAGGAAAGAAAUAUGAAGAGAAGUACAAGCAAGUGGCUGAAAUAGCAUCUAAGUUAACCAUUGAAGAAGCAAAAUAUCGUGAUGUUCAAGAAAGGAAGACAGAGUUGCAUCAAGCAAUUAUUAAUAUAGAACAAGGAGGAAGUGCUGAUGGUAUCCUCCAGGUCCGAGCUGAUCGAAUACAAUCUGAUAUUGAGGAGCUCAUAAAGGCUUUAACUGAACGUUGUAAGAAACAUGGAUUUGAUGUUAAAUCGGCUGCUAUAAUCGAGCUUCCAGUAGGUUGGCAACCUGGAAUUCCGGAUGAUGCAGCUAUUUGGGAUGAAGAAUGGGAUAAAUUUGAAGAUGAAGGAUUUUCCAAUGAUCUUAACUUCGAUACAAAAGGUGUUUCUGCCUCAAAACCAAAAAUGUCAGAAAGUCAGGGAGAAAAGGGUCUAGCAGAUUAUAAUUCGACUCCUGAUUCAUCGUCAAAUGCCAAUGAGAAAACAGGGAACUCCUUGAGUACCAUCAAUCAUGGCCUUGAGAGUGAUUCUGUGUAUAGUCACAGUGAAGAUGAAUUAGCUAAAAGUCCAUAUGGCAGUCCUGCUGCAAAGACAUCUCUCGAAAGCCCUUCUCAUGAAUUUUCAGAUGCAGGUUAUGAAAAGAGUCCGGAAGCAUAUAGUGUAUAUUUUACAUUGCUUGAUAACCAGAAAAGAUGCAGGCUGGGGAAAAUGAUCAUUUUAAGCCACAUGGCCAUAUGCUUACCCUUCAGGAAACAAAUCUUGACCUUAGCCGCAUUAGAGUUUUAUUGUUUCAUUUGUGGUUUUACAUUCCCCUAUUAUUUGACAUUCUUCCAGGAAAGGAAGACAGAGUUGCAUCAAGCAAUUAUUAAUAUAGAACAAGGAGGAAGUGCUGAUGGUAUCCUCCAGGUCCGAGCUGAUCGAAUACAAUCUGAUAUUGAGGAGCUCAUAAAGGCUUUAACUGAACGUUGUAAGAAACAUGGAUUUGAUGUUAAAUCGGCUGCUAUAAUCGAGCUUCCAGUAGGUUGGCAACCUGGAAUUCCGGAUGAUGCAGCUAUUUGGGAUGAAGAAUGGGAUAAAUUUGAAGAUGAAGGAUUUUCCAAUGAUCUUAACUUCGAUACAAAAGGUGUUUCUGCCUCAAAACCAAAAAUGUCAGAAAGUCAGGGAGAAAAGGGUCUAGCAGAUUAUAAUUCGACUCCUGAUUCAUCGUCAAAUGCCAAUGAGAAAACAGGGAACUCCUUGAGUACCAUCAAUCAUGGCCUUGAGAGUGAUUCUGUGUAUAGUCACAGUGAAGAUGAAUUAGCUAAAAGUCCAUAUGGCAGUCCUGCUGCAAAGACAUCUCUCGAAAGCCCUUCUCAUGAAUUUUCAGAUGCAGGUUAUGAAAAGAGUCCGGAAGCAUAUAGAAGUUUUAAUGAGUCCGCUUGGGGCGCAUUUGACAAUAAUGAUGAUGUGGACUCAGUUUGGGGAAUAAAACCAGUUAAUACCAAGGAGCCAGACUCUGAAAAGCACAGAGAUUUCUUUGGAAACAGUGAUUUUGAUACUAGCUCCGUCAAAACAGGAUCCCCGAAUGCAGAUAGCUUCUUUCAGAGAAAAAGCCCAUUUUUUGAUGAUUCUGUCCCUCCCACUCCCCUCUCUAGAUUCGGCAACUCUUCCCCUCGUUACAGCGAUGUGGGGGAUCACUUCUUUGACCAUUCCUCCAGGUUUGAUUCUUUCAGCAUGCAGGAUGGCAGCUUUUCUCCGCAACGUGAGAAGUUCACGAGGUUCGAUUCAAUAAGCAGUUCUCGAGAUUUUGGCCACAAUCAAGAGAAGUUCUCAAGGUUUGAUUCUAUGAGUAGUAGCAUGGACUUCGGCCAGAGUAACCAGAGGCACGCCAGGUUUGACUCCAUUGACAGCUCCAGAGAUUUUGGCCACGGCCAUGGCGCCUUCUCUUUUGAUGAUACAGAUCCAUUUGGUACCUCUGGCCCGUUUAAAGUCUCAUCAGAGAGUCAAAGUCCGAAGAAAAGCUCCGACAAUUGGAGAGCUUUUUAAGCAUCAGAGAUCCUGUUUGAGUUUACAUUUGAAUCGAUUCUCUUGUUUUCCCCCACUUUGACUUGUUCAUUAUAAUUAGCCGUGUGCCAUUUUAUCUGCUUUUAUGGCUUGGAAGAACAUGAGCUGGAUGGUCAUAUUUUUGUAUGUUGUGGUGGUGGUUUAUGUAUUUAUUUCAGACAUUGUCUAUGUUGAUGACAUGCUUUGAAAAAGAAAACACGCUUCUCUUGGUUCUC